AUGUUACCCUCUCUGACCUUGAUUGCCUUCGCUCUCCUACCAGGAGUGCACGGAGGUGUCAUACACCAACGCUGUGGCCCAUUGGCUAAUUACUACAAUCAAGAUACAAAGGACUGGGACACCUACAAUACCGGCGCCUGGCUAGAUAGCUGGUGGAACAACAAUAGCGAAGUAAUCGCCAAAAAAAGGGGCGGGUUUGCGAGCGCCUUCGGUCAAUGGGCAAUGGGAGACCCAGACUGGACGUGUUUAGAUGUCGGCUCAAGCUCAAACUGCAAUCUGCCGCUAUGUGAUAACAGAGUUCUCAAUAGCCGCGGUGAUGAUAUCCGCCCUGCAUACUAUGUCCUCGAAUCCAUCAAUCGCCUGCACGGUUACUUCGAUGGUAUUGGCGAGGCUUUCACCACUACUGCUUUGGGUGCGGCUUUUUCCAAGGACAACUGGGCUGAAACUUUUUACAAAGAUACAGAGGUCAAAAGUGUCACUGCACUCAAGGAGGUACUCAACGUCUUCGUGAUGAUUAUUAGUAUUGGUGCUGUGUUUGCUGGACUAGGCUCCGUUGCACUUGGUACCACUGCUAAUGUUGGCGCUGCACUUGCCAGUACUGGAAACAGCGCUGGGUCCAUUGCUAUGGCUGCUCAUGAAAAAGAUACCUUUGACAAGGCCGCCAGCCUGGGUGCGGUUAUAGGCAACAUCGCUGUGGACGCGAAGGAGUCGUUCACGACCGCUAACAACCAGUUGAUGCGGGGCCAACAGUAUGGCAACGCAGAUAUUCGACAAUACAUCGCUAAUGGAGCGUUCCUCACAUUCCCAGGGGUCGACAAGAACGCCGUCAUUGAUCAAAUGAACACUAUGCUAAUUGGUACUGCCAUCAAUCAGUUGUACCGUACCCAAAAGGUCUUUAUCAUGGGUGGCGGUGCCUGCGGCGAUAACCAGGGAAUUGGUUCUGGUCCCCAGGAGGCUGCCGUUUGCCGUGAUAAUAAGGCCUGGUACCUAUACUACUGGCAGGAGAACGAUGUGUUUUCUUUUACUCCCCAUCAAUGGGGAUGGGUCAAUCCGCCCCCUGGGGCUGACAAGCUGGGUCAGGGUGAUUAUGCGAACAUCCAUGCUACUGAUAUCAUCAACUCCUCUCUUGAUGCCUACAAUACCGCUGGUUUUAACUACACUUCCGAGAUAGGUUCCAGUCGUGCCCUUGAUGCUAUCAAAAAUUCCUGGGGAAAUCCCGCCGCCCAAGGUGCAUCCUGGGAGGGUAUUUUCACAAUUCCAGUGUGUGACAUCGGCAAUGCUAUCGGCGCCGAUUACGUUGGCAAGGAGUAUAUCUUGCAGCCAUACGGCCACGAGAGUCGCCCUGUCUGGUGUGGACCGAUCUGCAAGGGCAAUGCUCAUACGGCCCAAGACGAUGCUCAGACGACAAAAGACUUUAUCAAAGCGGCUAAUAUGGACAACUUUGAGGGUUUCAAUCAUCUCUGCCCUGAAACCCGACCAGGUCAUCCUUCCUAUCGCCCGCCAGGGGGUCGCGGGUCAAUUUUGGCCUAA